AUGUCAAGUAACACACUUUACGCCAUAGUCAGCUGGCUCACAGUGCUCUCAUUUGCAGGUGCCUACAACAUCCGGUGUCCGAACGGCUAUGUUGCGCACGACAAACACUGUUACCGGUUCGUCAGCGUCGUAGCCACGUGGCCCGAGGCCAAGGUGAUGUGUGAGGCGAUGGGGGCGAAACUUCUGGAAAUCGACUCCCCCUGGGAGGAGGCCUUCAUCAUGGAGAGACUGUUCUUCACAGAAGGUGAGACCAUCCUCAUAUUAGUAUUCAUAAAACACUUUAAUUAUUCCUCAGUGCAAAUGUCCACGGCACCGCUCUGGAUCGGCGCGACCGAUAUGAUGAACGAAAACGAAUGGGUGUGGAUGUCCAGCGGAAAACGCGUAGGUUACCGGAACUGGUUCUUGGCUCGACCGGAAGCAAUGAAAGCUGGUCACGGCCAUUGUCUUGCCCUGCGACCUCGACCUCAGUUUGUGUGGGACGAAAUCACGUGUCGAGAGUCCUUGAACUUCAUCUGUGAAAUGAACGACGUUUGA